AUGCCGACAUUCACCGACUCCCUUCGCAGCUUCUGGCACGAUCUCACCAGUCAAGACCGCCACGCCUCCGUCGACUCUCCAUACCGCUCUGGCCAGCAUCAACCGCUCCCACAAAACCGCCAUUCUCCCCUUACAAGCGUCACAACUAGCGCUGUCGAAUCGCGAACAGACCUCGAGUCUCCCUACAGAGAGGAUCUUGAAGCAGGCCAUGGCUUCGCGAACAGGAGUUCGAAUGAUUCACCUAAAGAAGGGUUCCGGAAGCCGCUGCAGAGAUCGUCUACUGGAAUGAGCAGCGACAUGGAGGCUGUCGGUACAGGGGAGAUUCAGAUGCAGAGUUUUAGCGACGGCCUACCACCGCCGCCACCAGUCGCGCAUUCGUGGGGAAGGGUUGACAGGUGGAUGGAGGACAACUACGAAGAAUUGUGGGAGAAUCUGUGCGAAGGCGCGACGUUCAAUGAUGUCAACGAGCUGGAGCAUGAACUUGACUGUACACUCCCGCAGGAGGUGCGCGAGUCACUUCAGAUACACGAUGGACAGGAGCGCGGUGGCCGGCCUACGGGCGUCAUCUUCGGCUGUAUGCUGCUCGACUGUGAGGAGAUUCUGCAGGAGUGGCAGCAGUGGCGCACCAUCAACGAGGUCUACUUCGGCGACAACCGCACCUACGAGAUCCCACAGGCGCCUCUGAAAGCGUUUGCGGGCUCCUCAUCAGCAGUCCCACUCGCCCAGGCCUCACAGUCGAACAACCCACAGUGGCGGCAAGAGCUCCAAGACAAGCAAGACUCACAGCCACCCAACUCCAUCCAAAAGUCCUACGCCCACCCAGCCUGGAUUCCUCUCGCGCGCGACUGGGGUGGCAACAACAUCUGCGUCGACCUUGCGCCAGGGCCAACAGGAAGAUGGGGCCAAGUAAUCCUCGUCGGACGCGACUACGACUGCAAAUACGUCGUCUCGCGCUCAUGGGCAGCAUUCAUCGCGACAAUGGCCGACGAUAUGAGCACAGACAAGUGGUUCAUCGACGAAGACACGAAGGAGCUGAAGCUUAAGGAGUUCAAGCAGCCUGGCGUCGAGCCCGCGUACAUCGACAUUCUGCGCUGGAGGACAGACCAGAAGUAUGGGCGGAAAGGACCGAAACGCCCGUUGCGGAUUAACAGUCAGGUGGCGGGUGCGCAGGCGAAUGGCUACUCGCCGUACGGUAGCCCGGUGUCUGCGGCGGAGGAUCGUGGAAGGAGUCCGCACAGGUUCCAGAACGGCAAGCAACCGGCCGCGGGCAGUCCACGCGCGCAUAUGUCGAGUCCGCUGGCGCGCGUUACGGAAGAGGGACCACAGCCGCUCAAGAUCGACACGCACGCUGAUGCAACAGUGGCGCGGCCGGAGAAGUUGGUGUCUGUUGAUACCCCACGCUCGCACAAUGCGCCCAAACUCGAACGCCUCGUUUCAGUCGACACUCCUACGAUUCCGAAUGGUUUUGCCGACGACAGGCGCGCGAGCUUGCCGAAGAGCAGGCUCAACAACAGCAUGCUCAGCGAGACCGAGAGCUCUGUCGCCAGCGACACACCUACUGCGAAGGCGGAGGAAGCAGCGACGAAGGCCGGAGCUCAGGAGGAGGAGAUGAAGGAUGUUCAGAUCUGA